UUUGGCGUUUUGAAGCCGGAUGACAAUUGACGGAGCACCGGUCUCAACAUGGCGAGGCACCUUCGCUUCUUGGCGCGGACGGUGAUGGUUCAGGACGGCAACAUCGAUGCGGCGUACAAAAGUUUAAACAGGGUCCUGACUCAGGAGGGGAUUGUUGACACAGUGAAGCGCAAACGCUACUUCGAGAAGCCCUGCAGAGAGCGACUGCGGAAGAACUUUGAGAAAUGCAAGCGCAUAUACAACACGGAAAUGGCCAGACGAAUUGCCUUCAUCUCCAGGACAAACAGAGAGGAUCCCUGGCUCGGCCGCUAAGGAGAUGGAGUGUGUUGGAAAAGGAUGUUUGGAUUGUUCGAGGCGGGCCCUGCUAAGUGGAAGAGGCUAAACACAUCGUCUGGAGGGACAUGGGGGAGGGGGGAAUCAGAAUACUUUGUUUGGCUGUAAAAAGGAAGGAAAUGUUCCUAAAAUCUGCAUCCAUAAUGUUUUGAAUAUUCCUGAUAUAUUAAUGACAGUGCAUUUUUAUUUAGACAACAAAGACGUUCUGGGAUAUACUGUAAACACGACUGUGCAGGAUGACGUGUAGGCAAUAUUUUGUCCACAUAAAAGACUGGAAGUGACCCCGUUUGCUGGAGAUGUUUUUUGUGUGAAUUGGGUCUUGGCUCAGCAGCAAUUUGCUGUAAAUUAAUUCAAGGUCACUUCUGCACAGCGUGACGUUAAUGUCCGCAGAUGAUGUCGGUUACCUCCCGCAAGCCGACAUAAGCAAGACACACCGGCAGAUGCGCAUCUGUGAGACUCCGAGCUUUCACUGCAGGGGGCUUUAAUGUGUGCGCUUGCUUUCACUUCAGUCACACUGGGAAAGUUAAACAUUAUCUCCGCGUUCACUUGUCUGAGAGGUUACCAGGUCAUGUCGAUAUCCUGUCCAGUGGCAUCAGGCCGUGUGUGGCAGUACCAUAGAUGACCUAUUUACAACAAAACAGGAUGACCACACUGCUACCUCUUAGAGGCUCAAAUCAUAAAAAAAUAUCCGUAGUAGCUUGUGUAGUUUUACAUUUAUUUACUCCCUACAGUGUAACUAAUGUUAACAGUUUUUUGUUUUAAAUACUGGAACAUGUCUCUCCAGAAAAAGCAUUUUAUCAGUAAGGACCUUUAACUGGUGAUAAAGAAAUAGUUUCCAUUAAAACAUUUGUUGCUGUUGUGUAAACCCAUUUCCACUGUAUUUUGGCAGCAGAGGCAAAUCCAUUAAAAACUAACCAGUCUGCAUGGCUCCAAAUCAUGAA